CAGGGGCAGCAGCAGGGAGAGGGUCAGCAGCAGGGGCAGCAGGGGCAGACCGGGCUUGCAGGGCAGCAGCAGCAGGGGCAAGCUGGGCAGGAGGGUGGAGAGCAGCAGCAGCAGCCGCAUGAGGGGCAGCCAGGUAGCGGUGGGGCGGUCGCGGACCCUCAAGGGGCUCCCUCUCUCGAGCCCGGGUCUGAGGCCGUAGAGGCUGCGACCGGGGUUAACGGCGGCAGCAGCAGCAGCACUGCUGGUGCCGCGGCUGCCGACCCGGGCUGCCCCACCGACAUCCCCAGCACUGGCAGCACUGGCAGCGCCGUGCAACCCGGCAACAGCCUCCUGGCAGCUGCUGGCGCUGAUGCGCCAGCUGCGACUGCUGACGGCGCGGCAUCCCGGCCGGAAGCAGGUAGUACAACCGCAGCAGCAGCCCUAGCCGCCUGCACCGCAGCCAUCAACUCCGCCACCGCCUCCUCCGCCGCCCAGCUACCGCCUCCAGCCCCCCCACAGCCUCCUGGCCCCCCGGCGGUGGUGGCUCGCAGCCUGAACGAGCUGCUGCAGCUGCCCGCGAGUGCGGUGAGGGCGGUAACAGCGGAGGACGUGGAGGCGGCGCUGCAGGUGAUCUCCUGCACGGAGAUGGACCAGUCCGCCCGCUACGCCGAGUGGGACGAGCAGUACGGCAGCGGGGCGGAGGGCAGCAGGGGGCGGUACGGCAGGGGGGGCGGGGCCGGUGCUUGGAAGUCCAUGUAUAUGUGAGGUUGCACGUGCUUGGCGCGACUUCUUUCAAGGGCAAAGCCCCUCUGCAAAGUGCAGCUGUAGCCGCUUGUGCGAAGUAUUUGCAAGGAAUGUACGAGGCUUGCGGAGGGUGAUGGUGGUGGCAGCGUUUGUAUAGGGAGUGUAGGGAUGGGGUAAGGAAGAUGUUCGAACUCAUAUGAAAGUGUGACGCAUUGCAUGCAUGUAGACUGCUGUGAGACGCUCAAUGUGUGUGUAUGUGUGUAGUUGGUGGCUUUACGCGGAUGCGCUUUGGGAGCAACGGACGUUGAGAGUGUCGGCGUAGUUAAGUGAUGUGUGUUCGGACCUACAGCUCAUUCAGGUGUAUAAAUGUCGCCGUGUUCAAAACCUUGGAUUGGCCUCGUAUCGCGGAGUGGGAGCGGCGCAACAAGGGACUUUUUGAACCGGUGGGCGACACGCGAACAACUGUCCUGUACCUUUAGCAUCUCAUGUAUGUUUCAACCGUACGGAUGCAUAUUAGCGUGACAUUGGCAAGCCAGUCAGUGAGCGCAACGGCAGUAGCUGCGGCGUGUGUUGCGCAUGUUAUAAGCGAGCGUUGAGAGCAGCGCGGGGUGCUGAUCAGCGAGCAUGGGGUUGGGUCAUCGGGGGUUUCGAUAUUACCGGUGUGUAGUUGGGAGCACACAUGGUACCGGUAUAUUGGUAUCGCAUGGCCUGAGUGUGACGUUGGUCAGCCAAGGCCGCUCCUGCACCUAUGGCAUUGGCUCCUAAGCUAGUCAUGUGGGUGUCUUAGACGGUCC